AUGCUCUCAACCUGCUUUCUGUCCCAGCAAGCCCCUGGGAAGACAUCUCAUGAUUUCAUUGUCAAGUUCCCCAAGUGUAAGGGUUAUGACAGCAUCCUGGUGGUUGUAGAUCACUUCUCAAAGAUGAUGCACCUGGUUCCCUGCAAAGAAACUGCUACUGCUGAGGAUGUACCUCAGAUGUUCCUGGAGCAUGUUUGGAAGCUACAUGCGCUCUACAAAUCCCUGCAAAUCACUCCUGGUUUCUCUACUGCUUAUCACCCACAAUCUGAUGGGCAGACUGAGAUCAAGAACCAAUUGCUAGAGGCUUACCUACAUGCCCUCAUCAAUCAUAGACAGCCUGAUUGGAUUGUGUAUGGCCGUUCUCCUGUCAUUUCACCACUCCUUGAACCCACUGGAUUGCCUAUUGCUGAUGACAGAGCCAAGCAACUGGCUGAGACAAUUCAGGAAGCAGACACAGGGAAACCACCUCCUGAGUCCCAACCAGGAGACAAAUUUUGGCUUCUGGCUUCCAAUAUCAUGUUGCAGCGCCUCAAUAAAAAGCUAGACCAUAAGCAGUAUGGCCCUUUCCCUGUUAUAGAAACAGUGGGCUCUCACGCCUAUUGCCUGGCUCUCCCUGAGACCAUGAAGAUCCAUGAUGUGUUCCAUGUUAGCUUGUUGUCUGCUUUCAAACAAGACACAGAGUUUGAUUGCACAUUCACCCCUCUGCCACCUGUAAUCACAGCAGAAGGAGAAGAAGAGGUCAGAUGGAAGGGAUAUGCGCCCCAUGAGGACACAUGGGAACCAGCCAAGGAUCUACAGCGUUGCAAGGACAAAUUGCGCAACUUCUUUGCUAAUUAUCCGGAUGCCCCAGCCACUAACAACCCCAUCCCUGCAAAUGCGCGCAAAGUUAAAAGAGGCAAGAUGCUCUCACUGCCAAAACUCGCCCUGCUAAGCUCUUCUUGCGCUCCCCACUAUCCCAGCAUGCCCACUUUCAGCUCCAUCAAUGCCUUGGCCUACGAUCCUUGCCUCAACAUCGAUUGCUACAUCAUGAACGGCCCAGAAGAAAUGAGAGCACACCUGGACAGCUCUGCCAACAUCAUUCAUGCUCUGAUGAGCGCCAGCAGUUGCAACAAGGUCAGGUUCUUCAAGCGCAACGUGUACAAGCACCCCAAGUGGGGAUUCCUCUAUUGGCUUGACCCCAGGGGAGAAGAAGGAUUAGAUACAUUGUAUGGAAAGCAAGUGUACCGCUGGUGGCAUUUCAUUGCCUCCCAUCCAGUCUCCACACCUCCAAUCUGCAAGGGAGCUGACCCAGGCAAUGCAGAACCUCAUUCUGCUUUACCCAGCGGACCCACUGGCCUAUACAAGCAGGCCAGCAACGCCAGUGACCCCUCCAGCAUGCCCAGACACUCCAGGCCAACAGAGGCGCAUGCACCAGCACCCUUGCCCUUCCCCCUGUUCUCCAGCACACCAGACACUUGCUGGACCCCAGGAUACUCAUCUCCAGUGAGAGAAACACAAUGGGAGCCUCAGAGCUACCUAGGAUGGGGCAAUGAGGAGAUAAGAAGGAAUGUGGAAACAUUUGAAGGCAGGAAGAAUGAGGAGCUGUUUAGUUUUGAGGAGUUACUUGCCAUUGAUUGUUCUGAAUGGAUGUAA